UUUUCAUUGACUAUCGGCGGUAGAGACACUAAAGGUGAAUUGCAAGCAUCUUGUCUGAAAAUGGAAUUUGAUAACAUAAAGUCCACAGUAGCGCUCAUUUAUGAUGAGAUCUUACAAAGAGCAGACUCACGGACGGAGAACUGGUUUUUCAUGUCCUCUCCUGUCCCCCAAACAAUCAUCAUACUGGCGUACAUUUACUUUGUGACGUCGCUGGGGCCUCGGAUAAUGGAGAACCGCAAAGCCUUUGACCUCAAAGGAGUUCUCAUAGUCUACAACUUCGGAGUGGUGGCUCUGUCAGUCUACAUGUCCUAUGAGUAUAUUAUGUCUGGAUGGGGAACAGGAUACUCGUUUAGCUGCGACCUGAUUGACUUCUCAGAUUCACCACAGGCGCUGAGGAUGGCAGCAGUAUGCUGGCUUUACUACUUCUCCAAGUUUAUUGAAAUGUUGGACACAAUUUUCUUUGUCUUGAGGAAGAAGAACAGCCAGGUGACAUUUCUUCAUGUCUACCAUCACUCAAUCAUGCCCUUUACCUGGUGGUUUGGUGUUCGGUUUGCUCCAGGUGGUCUGGGGACAUUCCACGCCCUGCUUAACUGUAUCGUCCAUGUCAUCAUGUAUUCGUACUACGGCCUGACUGCCAUGGGCCCCAGCUAUCAAAAGUACCUGUGGUGGAAGAAAUACCUCACUACCAUUCAGCUGAUCCAGUUUGUUAUGGUGACCACCCACAUCUCCCAGUAUUUCUUCAUGAAGGACUGCCCCUACCAGUUCCCUGUCUUCAUCUACAUCAUCGGCCUGUAUGGCCUGAUUUUCCUGUUCCUCUUCCUCAACUUCUGGUACCACGCCUACACCAAAGGCAAGAGGUUGCCUAAAGUACUGCAGGCUCAGACAUGGGCACACCACUCCAACGGUGUGAUGAAUGGAAAUGCCAGUCAUGACAAAGAUGAGUGACGAGGGACUUGGUUUAUCAAGGAGGGUUUGGG